AUGUUGGAUUUAUUUACAAUUUUUAGUAAAGGAGGCAUAGUACUAUGGUGCUUCCAAAGUACAAAUCAAAUAUUCACUCCUUCUGUUAAUGCUUUAAUAAAGAAUGUCAUUUUGCAGGAAAGAAGUGGUGUAAAAACAUUCGACCAUGAUGGGUUAGUUCUUCAGUAUAAGUUAGAUAAUGAAUUCGAUUUGGUAUUUGUUGUUGCAUACCAAAAGAUACUGCAGUUAUCCUAUGUAGACAAAUUUCUAAAUGAUAUUCAUCUUGAAUUCAGAGACAAGUAUAAAAAUGAGCUUACUGAGAAGUUGUAUUUUCAAGAUUUCAGUUUUGUGGAUACUUAUAAUUCCACAUUAAAGUCAGCUGAAAAUUGGUCUAAGGUUCAAUUAAAGCAGCCAAAACAGAUGAGGACUUUUGAGGAGUCUUUUAAAUCUAAAAAGACUGUGUCAUCUAUGAUAGAAAGGAAGGGUGAAGAAAAACCACAGAAAUUAAUUAAAAAGAAGGAAGUGAACUUCAGUCCUGAAGAAAAAACUCUUGCACCUCCAUCACCUCAAGCUCAGAAGAAUGGACUUAUUGAUGAAGAAACCUUAGCUUUAAAUAGAGCAAAAUUUGCAAAGAAGAUGCAGAAAAAGAAACCAGAAGCAAAAAAAAGUCCUAAAAGUCCUCCUGCAGAAAAAGCGGGCAAAAAACCCCGGGUAUGGGAUUUAAGUGGAUCUAACAAGGAUGUGGAUAUACUGGAACGGACAACAGAUAGACCAGAGGAUGCCAGAAGCAAUUAUACACCAGAUGCUGAUAUGGUUGGUCAAAUGAAAGGCGUAAUUAAAGAUCUAGAAGUGGAAUCUUCUGAUGAUGAUUACGAAGAAGACGAAGAAGUGGAAACCGUUCAACAGAGCAAACCCGCCGCCAAAGGAGGAAUGUUUUCUAUCUUUAGAGGUCUAGUCGGCUCAAAGAAUCUGACCAAAGCUGACAUGGAACCAGUUUUGGAGAAGAUGAAAGACCAUCUCAUUGCUAAAAAUGUUGCUGCAGAUAUUUCGGAGAAGCUUUGUGAUUCCGUUGCAACUAAAUUAGAGGGAAAAGUAUUGGGAACCUUUGAUAGUGUUGCUACGACUGUGAAAAAUACUCUAACUGAAUCUUUGGUUCAAAUUUUAAGUCCAAAAAGAAGGGUUGACAUUCUUAGAGAUUGCAUGGAAGCUCAAAAGGCUAAUAGACCAUAUGUUAUGACUUUUUGUGGUGUAAACGGUGUGGGAAAAUCUACAAACCUCGCGAAAAUUUGUUUUUGGUUGAUUGAAAAUAACAUGCGGGUACUUAUAGCAGCUUGUGACACAUUCAGAGCUGGAGCUGUAGAACAACUUCGAACUCAUAUGAGACAUCUCAAUGCGCUUCACCCAGCCGAUAGGCACGGAGGACGCGAAAUGGUCCAAUUGUACGAAAAAGGAUAUGGUAAGGAUGCUGCGGGUAUAGCCAUGGAAGCAAUUAAGUUUGCUAGGGAUUCUAGAAUCGAUGUUGUAUUAAUUGAUACCGCUGGAAGAAUGCAGGAUAACGAGCCUUUGAUGAGAGCGUUAACCAAGCUGAUUAAAGUAAAUGAACCGGAUCUGGUACUCUUUGUAGGAGAAGCUCUUGUUGGUAAUGAAGCCGUAGACCAGCUAGUAAAAUUCAAUCAAGCUCUUGCAGAUUAUUCAUCUAGUACUAAUCCACACAUCAUAGACGGCAUUGUAUUAACCAAAUUUGACACAAUUGAUGACAAGGUUGGAGCUGCAAUAUCAAUGACUUAUAUAACUGGUCAACCUAUAGUUUUUGUUGGAACUGGACAAACCUAUACAGACUUGAAAGCCUUAAAUGCAAAAACGGUGGUGCAUUCGCUCAUGAAGUAA